UGACGCGGUAGAUACCGAGGUUCUUACCUCUAUAAAGAGGGUCUGAUGCGAGAGAAUGAUUGUGACUUCCGCUGCCAACCUUGAGAACACUCAGGAUGAACACCCUCAACACUCUGCUUCUUUUGGCUUUAAGCCUCUCUGUUGCUCAAUCCAUGGAUUACAAGUCUCUCAGCCAAUUCAGAAAAAUGAUCCUGUGUAUGAUGCCUGAUAGUUGGCCCGUCUGGGACUACACUGACUACGGUUGCUACUGUGGAAAGGGUGGCUCAGGCACACCUGUGGAUGAGCUGGAUAGGUGCUGCUAUGUGCACGACCGGUGUUAUAGUGACGCAAUGCAGCACCCCGAUUGUUGGUUCAUCAUAGACAACCCUUACACAAACUCGUAUCACUACAGCUGUGAUAAGGAGCAGAAGAAGAUCACCUGUGGCAGCAAAAACAACACCUGUGAGAUGUUCAUUUGCGAGUGCGACAGAAAGGCAGCAGAAUGUUUUGCCCGGUCUCCAUGGAUCCCUGAGCAUGAGCACCUUCCCAGCCACUUGUGCAAGUGAAGAUCUCAGGUGACUUCAGCCAAGCCAUGUCUCCACAAGACUCAUGCAGAAACUGGAGCGGAACAACUGGAAUGUUUGGAGGAGUAUAUUACUGUCAGUAAGCAUCCAUAAUGAUGUUUUUGAUGUUCUUUCUAUUAAAACGGAUGUCAUACUUGGCAAUCAAUGACA